GUUCGCUGCGCGGCCAUGCUUCUCCUGCCCCCUAAACUGCAAAGUUACUGCAACAACAAGACAGGCAUGGAAUGAAUCAAGCUAUAAACUCCUAUGUCGACCCUGUUCCUCUCCUGUUCCUCCACCUUCAUCAAUUUCCGAUUUUGUGUUAAAAACACGCCUCGGAGCAAAGAUCGCUCUGGCAGCUGCUUGUCCAUGACUAAGUAGAAACCCUAGAAAGAAGCCUCAAGACUGUCGUGCCCUUGGAAGACAAUCGGGGAUCGAAAGUUGCUUGAACUCAUAUGCGAAAAGAGGGCAUGGAGAGAGUGAGCCCCGUUCAGUUGGCGUACAAACGCUCAUGGCAUGACUUUGCUGCUGCAAAGGACCAAAACCAGCAACCACAACUCCACGUCAGCUUCGCUGUAGGCUGCAAGGCAAAGGUCUUCUGGUCUCCCAGUGGCACUCUCUACCCGAAGGCACGGGGACUUUCCCCGCAGCAUAGCUGGGAGCAAGCUCCCUGUGUGUUCGCUGCGCGGCCAUGCUUCUCCUGCCCCCUAAACUGCAAAGUUCCUGCAGGCAUGGAAUAAAUCAAGCUACUCCUAUGUCGACCUUGUUCCUCUGUUGUUCCUCUACCUUUAUCAAUUAACAUUUCUGCUUAAAACGCCUCCGAGCAAAGAUCGCUCUGGCAGCUGCUUGUCAGCUUGUCCAUGGCUAAGUAGAAACCCUAAAAGGACGCCUCAAGACUGCUGCAAGUUGCUUAAACUCAUAUGUGAAAAGAGGGCAUGGAGAGAGUGAGCCCCGUUCGGUUGGCGCACAAACGCUCAUGGCAUGACUUUGCUGCUGCAAAGGACCAAAACCAGCAACCACAACUCCACGUGAGCUUCGCUGUAGGCUGCACGGCAAAGGUCUUCUGGUCUCCCAGUGGCACUCUCUACCCGAAGGCACGCGGACUUUCCCCGCAGUAUAGCUGGGAGCAAGCUCCCUGUGUGUUCGGUGUGCGGCCAUGCUUCUCCUGCCCCCUAAAUUGCAAAGUUCCUGCAACAACAAGACAGGCAUGGAAUGAAUCAAGCUACUCCUAUCAUGGAGAGAGUGAGCCCCGUUCGGUUGGCGUACAAACGCUCAUGGCAUGACUUUGCUGCUGCAAAGGACCAAAACCAGCAACCACAACUCCACGUGAGCUUCGCUGUAGGCUGCAAGGCCAAGGUCUUCUGGUCUCCCAGUGGCACUCUCUACCCGAAGGCACGGGGACUUUCCUCGCAGCAUAGCUGGGAGCAAGCUCCCUGUGUGUUCGCUGCGCGGCCAUGCUUCUCCUGCCCCCUAAACUGCAAAAUUCCUGCAACAACAAGACAGGCAUGGAAUGAAACAAGCUACUCCUAUGUCGACCUUGUUCCUCUGCUGUUCCUCCACCUUCAUCAAUUUCAGAUUUUUGUCAAAAAAAUGCCUCCGAGCAAAAACCGCUCUGGCAGCUGCUUGUCCAUGACUAGGUAGAAACCCUAGAAAGAAGCCUCAAGACUGUCCUGCCCUGGCAAGACAAUCGGGGAUCGAAAGUUGCUUGAACUCGUUAAAGAGGGCAUGGAGAGAG